UGAGAAAUGGCGAAAUAGGGCUCUUGAAAUAUCUAUUUUGCGUUCGAUAAAAUAACUAUUUUAAAACAAAUGCAAUGUUAAUAACUAUCUUUUAUCUUACAAACUGUAUUCCAUUUAUAGAUAUUAUUGUACUAUAGUGACAUUAAUCAAUUAAAUAUCAAUAUUUAUUUCAGUGUUAAGAUUUCUCUAUGAAUAGUUUCGAAAAUAUAUAUUUAUCCACAGAUAAGAAAUAUGAAUAACUGCGGAGGAAUUGUUGGGGGAGGAGCUGGUACAUAUGAUGCAAAAAUUGCUGGAUUGUACGACUUAUUGGACACUCUAGGUUCUGGACACUUUGCAGUAGUGAAAUUAGCCCGCCACGUAUUUACGGGCGAAAAAGUUGCUGUGAAAGUGAUAGACAAAAGUAAAUUGGAUGAUGUUUCUAAAUCACAUUUAUUUCAAGAGGUCCGCUGUAUGAAGUUAGUUCAGCAUCCAAAUGUUGUAAGACUCUAUGAAGUAAUUGACACUCAAACAAAGCUGUAUUUGAUAUUAGAAUUAGGUGAUGGUGGUGAUUUAUAUGACUACAUAAUGAGACAUGAAUCUGGUCUAUCAGAAUCUCUAGCUCGGGAUUAUUUUCGACAAAUAGUAAGAGCCAUCUCAUAUUGCCACAGGUUACAUGUUGUGCAUCGGGAUUUAAAGCCUGAAAAUGUAGUCUUUUUUGAAAAAUUAGGUGUAGUGAAAUUGACUGAUUUUGGUUUUAGUAAUAAGUUUUGUCCUGGACAAAAAUUAGAAACAUCUUGUGGGUCUCUAGCUUAUUCUGCCCCAGAAAUUUUAUUAGGUGAUUCAUAUGAUGCUCCAGCUGUAGACGUCUGGUCUCUUGGUGUUAUACUUUACAUGUUAGUUUGUGGUCGAGCACCAUUUCAAGAAGUCAAUGACAGUGAAACAUUAACAAUGAUAAUGGACUGUAAAUAUACUAUCCCACCGCACAUUUCAAAUUCUUGUAAAAGAUUGAUCGGAAGAAUGUUAGUAAGAGAGCCUGAAAAGCGUGCUACUUUAUCAGAAAUUGCUGCAGAUCCUUGGGUUACAGCUGGGGAGGGGGUGACUGUAGAAGACUUUGAUACACCUUUAGUGACUAAACAAGAUCUCACAGAAGAAGAUCGACAGACCAUCAUUCAAAUUAUGGUAGAUGGUGACAUUGCUUCUAAAGAAAGAAUUUUGGAGGAAUUAGAAAAAAGUGAAUACAACCAUAUUACAGCAACUUAUUAUUUAUUGGCUGAAAGACAACUCAGAUCCAAGAGACAAGAGGGUCGUGCUCAUUUACGGCGGCCGGAAGCGCUGGGCGUGUCUCGUGGGCGCGGCCUGUUGGCGCCGCCGCAGUUGCCCGCAGCGCCAUGCACUCCGCAGGACGUACCGCCGCGCUCCCGCAAGUGCAGCAUAGUGCGCGAGGAGGAGGACGACGAGGAGGGGUCGGUGUCGAGCGCGGCGCGGGCGCAGGACUCGCGCCGGGGCUCCCGCUCCGAGGGGCGCUUGCACCUCGCACGACCUGCGCAACUCGCUGAUAAUCUUACUAAGGUGAACCUGGACGACAGCGUCAAAACCGCAAGAUUGAGUAUAGCGCAAGCGGACGUAGCGCUAACAGUGGCGACGAGCACGCGCGCCCCGCCCGCGCCGCCGCCCGCGCGCAGGCAACGCCUCGAGUGCCGCCGCCGGCGACCUAGAGCCGGCUCUUGUUCAUCCUCCGAUCUCUCUGAUGACGACUCGGAGAAGAAAAAGCGGGCUCCUGAACAUGUAGAGCCGCCGAUAGAGCGACCGAGACGCGACUCGCACGAUGACUCUAGUGACAGUCAGGAGAGAGGCGCUGGCGCGCGUGGGAGUAGACCUGCGUCGCGGCCGCCGGCUAAUGCUGCGCCUACUGGUGGCGGCGGUACAACGGACUCUGGUGGGGGCGGCGGCGGGGGUGGCGGUGGCGGUGCGGGGGACGCGCGGGGCGCGGGUGGCGGGGCGGGGUCGGGCGGGCGCCGUCGCCGCGCCGCGCGCAACGAGAGCCGCCUGCGGGAGUCGCGGAGCCUUAACCGGAUCGCUGAGGUGGAAGAAGCGACAGCGGCGCGGUGGGGCGGCGCCGGUUUCGUAGCGCUGUGCGGGCGGCCCUUCCUGCGGCUGCUGGCGGCCGCGCGCCCCGCGCCCUCCGCGCGCCGCCUCCACGGCCUCUGCUAAUGACCACAGACUACACACCACAAACCACAGACCACAGACGUACUCGCCUCUAUCGUCUAUCCUCUAUGCCCCGCGCGACGGACACGAUACCCCCGACGCACUUCCACAGAUGAAAUCACGCCUUAUAACGUUUCAGCACAGUUUUAAAAUAUUGUCUAUGGACUCUUCUCGCCGGUCUUGCCUGCACGCGUUAUUAAUAUGUGGUUUAGUAAUCUAUUCAUACACACCGGCACGAUAUAAAAGAAUAGUAUUGUUCAAGAGUAUCUACCUGAGGUAAGUAGAAGUGGUGGAGUACCAAUUGUCAGUAGAGAUGAUGGUACAUUUCUACCCUUAUUAAGAAAGAGUACUUUGCUAUUAUUGCUUUGCUUUUUGUAACUUGCAAUUUGUAAUGCAUUUUUUGUACCCUGGAAGUAAUAGAGAAAUGUAUAACACAAUAUCAAAAACUAUGUAUAACACAAUAUCAAAAACUCAGAUCGUAUCUUUUUAGUUUAUUUUUAUUGAGAGAAAAAUAUUUACAAAUAUGUUUUAAAUUUAACAGUUUUUGUCCUUUGCACAUAAAAGUUUGCACACUGUCUUUGAUCAUGACUACACAUACAAAUUUGUGACAAAUACGUUAAAGUUUUAUUGUUAUAAUUAAAUCAAAAAAAGUGAAAAGUAAAUAUUAAGGAAAAUAAUUAACAAAGGCUUAAAUUAAAAUAUACGUAAAUACAAAAGUCCUUUGAAAUUUUCCAUAUUUUCUAGUACUUAGUCUUCGAAAUGUAGACAUAUGAGAUUCGUAAAAAUUUUCAAAACAAGGAAAUUUUAAUAUUGUGCGUGUGUUUAUAAGAAAAACAAAAAGUAGAUCAUAUAAAAAUAUGACGUUAUUGAUGUAGAAGAUAUUAUAAUUAUUUGAAUAUAUUGAUGUUUCGCGAUGCCCCAUCGACGAUGCAAUAAAAGCUUCGUGCGCAAUAAAUUUUACUAAUUAGCGAGUGUAUGUGCAUGUCUGCGAUACAAAUACAAAUUGGUUAUCGUGAUAUAGUAAUCCUAAACAUAAUGUUCCUACGAUUGUGUCUCCUUUCCGAUUUACUUGUUUUUUGCCAAAAUCCUGUCUUACUAUAGAAGAGUAGAGGCCAUUGGAUUCAACCUUUUUUGCCAUCGAAUUUCUACACAUUAAAAAGAAUUUUAGAAACAUUUAAAUAAAAGCUUACGAAUUACAUAUUAACUUUGGAGAAUAUUUUCAUUUUAAAGGCGACAUUUGCAU